UGAUUUUAAAACUUGUAGGAAGAAUGUACAAACUUUAUCAGACAGGUGUGGCUCUGCAGUUGCUGGUGCGGGAGUAAAUCAGCUAACCUCUGCUUUUAACAUCUGACGUUUUUAUAUUACAUGUCUGCCACACUAUCACAGGGAAAACAUUGCACGGCUCACCCAUUUCUUCCUACUAAUCUAAGUAGCUGUAAUAAGACAUGAUGGAGUCGUCUGUGAACCUGUACAACCAGUUCCAGAGUCUGGAAGCCCAGGUGGAGAGCCUGAAUGAGGGCAUUGAACCACAGUUCCUCCAGAUGGCACUGAACUUUGAGGAGUGCCGUAAGAAGUGGAUGCGAACAGGCGACGAGCUGGUUUCUUGUAAAGAGGUGCUGGCUAAAGCAGAGACUGAGAGGGGAGCCCUGGAGGUUAAACUAAAGCAUGCUCGCAACCAGGUGGAUGUGGAAAUCCGCCGGCGGCAGAAAGCUGAGGCAGUCUAUGAGAAACUGGAACGUCAGCUGCAGCUGAUCCGGGAGCUGUUGAUAUCGGAGAACAAUAGUAUCCACCUGAGUGAGGAGCAGCGCUCUGCCCUGGCCUUCCUCAGUGCACACUCCCAGGCAGCACAGGCUGCUCAAGGCAACCUCAACUCCAGUCGAAGGUUAACUACCAUCGAUGAAUCGGCUUCGUUGCUGUCAGACAUCAGCUUUGACCAAACGGACGACUCUCUGGACUGGGAUUCCUCUGCUAUGAGGACUGUGAGACUGCGUAAACGUCAGAAACGACGGUCCUCCAGGAAACUUUCUGAGGUUCCUCCUCAGGCAAUGAAGAAACCUCGCUCCACUGGACGCACAUCAGAUAGGAUGAAUGAAUCUAUAGUGGCCAAAACCACGAUCACUGUGCCAGUGAAUGGUGGUGCUGUCGAGGCUGUCUCCACCAUUGAAACCGUGCCUUACUGGACACGCAGCAGAAAAAGUGUUGCUGCAGCAUGGGGUGAUACUACCACUACUGACCAAUCAGAAACUGCCAGUGAGGCUCCCAGCACACCAGUCUCCGAAUUCCCAACCAAGCGCAGAGCCCCCAGAGCUAAUAAAGAAGGAAAGAAGCACCAGUUCAUUGCCAAAACAGUGAUCAAGUCUGAGUUCUGUGUACCAUGUGGAAGAAGAACAAAGUUUGGCAAGGUGUACCUUCGCUGCCAGGAUUGUCGAGUUGUGACCCACCCAGAGUGCCGUGACGGCUGUCCCCUGCCCUGUAAUCCCACAGCUGCUAGCACUCCAAUCAAGAACACAGAGUCCACCCUGGCUGAUUUUGCUCCAGCCACCUCCCCAAAGAUCCCAGCUUUGGUUAUCUACUGCAUUAAGGAGAUUGAACACAGAGGCCUACAUGAGGUCGGCCUGUACAGAGUCUCUGGGCAGGAGCGCAUGGUGAAAGAGCUGAAGGAGAAGCUGAUUAGAGGAAAGACUCUGCCUCCACUUCACAAAGUGGACGACAUUAACGUCAUUGCAGGUGUCCUCAAAGACUUUUUAAGAAACCUCCCAGAGCCACUGCUCACCUUCCGCCUCAACAAAGCCUUCAUGGAGGCAGCAGAAAUCCAGGAUGAUGGCAACAGUGUCGCCAUGCUCUAUCAGACCAUCAGCGAGCUGCCUCAACCCAACCGAGACACUCUGGCCUGCCUGAUGAUCCAUCUGCAGAAGGUCUCUGAGUGUGUGGAUACCAAGAUGGAUUUGAACAACCUGGCCAGGGUGUUUGGCCCUACUCUUGUGGGUCAUGCUGUUCCAGACCCAGACCCUAUGACCAUCCUGCAUGACACAAAUCGGCAACCAAGGAUUGUAGAGCGUUUGCUCAGUAUUCCAGGAAACUACUGGGGCCAGUUUGCUUAUCCAGAUUUUGCAGGCAUGGAAAAUACUUAUCACACUGAUACACCAGACCACCAAGUGAGCAUACUGGGACCACUGACCACUCCAGAACACCAGAUGAUGUCCAAAACACCGUCCUCCAGCUCGCUGUCCCAGCGCAUGAAGCAGACCCUUUCCAGCACCACCUUAUUUGGGAGCAAGAGCAAAGCAUCAGCUGCCAGUAACCGCCAGGGCAACUUCUUCGCCUCCCCACAGCUGAAGUAAUGGGACAGGACGGGGAAAAAAAAGGUCACCCAUAUUGUACUUUGUGUUAUUUACUGCAAUAACCGAAUAUACAUUCACAUAAUCAUGUGGGAGAACUACUGUGCAAUUUUAGCAUGUAACAGUUUUAUUACUGAGUUUUUUUUAUUCAAGUAUUUUAUACAAGACUAUCUAACCAGUUUUUUUCAUUUGAAAAGAAUCCUGCACAAGUGUUUCAGUUUGUUUGUAUAUCUUUGAUUACUAAUGAUUUCUUAUUGACCUAAACGGUGGUGACAUCUGUGAUUGUAAGACGUUUGAAGGCUUUGACCAAGCAACCAUUGGAAACUAAUUCAAAGAUGUAUCUUUUGCUUUGUUUAACUCUUGAAUUAGAUGUUCAAAAAGUAUGCAGCCAUUCACAGGUGUUGGUCCAUCUUUGAACCUGUGGUUGUAACCACGGUAACAGGGGUGCUCAUGCACGUGUGAAAUCCACAGCUGCAUUGGAGAAAAAGAAAAGAAACCGUAUUAUUGGUCAACAGCUCGAAACUGACAACUUUUUUUUGUUUUCAUGACUUAACAUUUUGUUUUAUAUUUAUGUUGAUUCUGUGCUAUGCCUUAUACCAAUCAUGAAAACUAAUUUACUUUAACUGUACUGCAAUGUAAACACUGAUACUGAAUGGGAACAAUGUUGCAUUUCGCACUGUCUAUGUAACAAUCUCUAAAUAUGUUUUCUACCUGGGAAUACAAGCCACUAGAGGCUGCUGUUGCACCACUUUUGAUAAGCAAGCCCUAACCAAUGAAGAUGACCUACUGUAUAUUAUGCACAGUUUUACUGACAUUCAGUAGAUUUAACAUAUCACUGGAAGAACUGUAAGUUAUUCCUGUGACCUAGGACAGUUUAGUCAACAUUUUCUCUCUCGCAAGCCAGUGACUCACAACUGUAUGGUCAUCACAAAAAUAAAAUUUGGAGCCUCUUUAAUUUAUGAAUGUAAAGACUGAUUUGCAUGCACAUUCACUAUUUUUACUAUCUUUAUCCACAGUAGCUUUCUUGUACAGUUAUGUAAAGAAUAAUGCACAUGACGUGAUGCUUUCUCUGAGGAAAUUUCCUCUCUUUGCUGCUCUCUAUCACCUUUUAAGAAGCUCCAGAUUUUAAUGUGAUGAUGACAUUGCAGGUCCAAGUAUUAGUUAUUUAAAGGGGAAAUAUUUAUGUUGACCAAAAAAAAAAACAGUAUUUAAUCAAAACCAAAAUCUAACCAUGAUUAGCAUGCCAGUUAAAGACUCCAGUAAUGCUACAUUGUGUUUUCUACAUUUAAUCCAUUGUAUGGUUUUAUUUCUCCAAUGAAAUAUUGUCUGUUGAUGUUGAGACGUUAACCAAACAUUUUGUGGACUGAAUGUUAACCUUAAUUUCUUUGUCUUAGCUCAAACAAGAUCCACAGCUGAGCUAAAAAUAAAACAUCAAAGACUG